CAAGCACCUGUGCACUGUGUUCAAAUGCUUAUUGUUCUAGUGGGUUACUGAGAUUAUUGAAAUUUAAUGGACUGUUUCAAAAAGUAAGCCUCAUUUCUGUUUUUUUCUGCAUUUUUCACUAAACAAUCAACAUACAAACCGAGCGAGAUAAGAAAGUGGGACAUCACCCAAUGUGCAAUUAUGGAUGUAAACAUAUUUCUCUGCAGAGAAUAAUCUUAGUGGCUCUGAUAUAAUUCUCCUGCUAUUGGAAAAAAACAGUCCUGUCCCAAUGCCUGUGCUGGUGGCUCAGAUAACCUUUAAGGAAUGCAGAAGAUGAUGCCAGAAUUAUUUUGAGCCGGGAUUCAGAUGUUAAAAUAGCAAAAAAGGUUGCGGGGUAGAUUACCAGGGAGAACGCAGACAGUUGUGCUGUCGACCUUCAUGUAGCUCUCUUGCAAGAGGGAGACUUUGACAAGCGACGUUUCCAUCCAAGGCAAGUCUACUAACAAUGUAAUUCUUUCCUGCUGUGUUGGAGAUACAAAGCCAUAUUGCACAGUCUUUAGUAGCAUGUACAGUAUAUAUCAAAUACAGUGUAUCCAUUUACAUUUUGUACUGUGUAUGAUUCCUGUAUUUGCAAGGUAAACAUGUUCAUGAGGCACUUUUAUAAAUGGGUAUGUAUUUUGGUGAUACUGCAUUGCAUGAUGGAUUACACCCACUUUUUUUCCUUUUAUUAAUUUGCCCACAAAUCCAGACGAACCACAUCCGCAAGGCUAAAGAGGGAACUGUAAUUCAUAAAGCCAGCAAGAGGAGGCCUGGAGGAGGUUGUAAAGUCAGGAGUUGGAGCGUCCGGUCAUGCCCAGAGGCAUCAGCUGCUUUGGUGGCGGCGAGGGGGCAGGCGGCAGGUAUGAGACCCCCCCGGCUUCAGAGCUCCACAGGCUGAUGUGGACAAAGAAAGGGACCAGCGGCCACCUGGAUGAGGUCCAGCCCAGGAUCUAUAUCGGAGACAUGUAUGCAGCCAAAGACAAGAGGACACUCCAGGCGCACCGCAUCACCCAUGUACUUAACGCCGCUGAUGGGAAGUUCAAUGUGAACACGGGGGCCAGCUUCUACCGAGACACAAAUAUCACUUAUCAUGGAGUGGAGGCUUUUGACAUGCCAUCCUUCAACUUGAGUCCCUUCUUUUACCCGGCGGCCAAUUUCAUCAAGAACGCUCUGAGCUCGCCCACAGGGAAAGUGUUUGUCCACUGCGCGAUGGGUCUGAGCCGCUCAUCCACCUUGGUCCUGGCCUACCUGAUGAUCCAUGAGAACAUGACGCUGGUGGACGCCAUCAAAGCCGUCAGUGCCAACAGGAACAUCUGCCCAAACGAAGGUUUCCUGGAACAACUCCGAGAACUGGACAAAAAGCUGCACUGCCACGGGCGAUGACAAGGACCUGGAGCUUCCCCAGAUGGACUUAAGACACCAAACAUCACCACACAGCCUUCCUGUCAGUAUCUUGUAGAGAAGCAGAUGUAAAGAGGGAGAAGAAAAACACAUCUUAAUGUUCUUUUCAUUACAAGAUGAUGAAUACAGAAAUCCGAAAACUGAUACAUUGGCACUCUUUGAUAUACUGUAUAAGGCAAUUUUUAAUAUGCUCCCUUCUUAUCUCUGUGUAUAUAUAUAUAUAUAUUUUGUAGAAAGGUACCAGACAAUGCUCUUUUUAUUCCAAGUGGAAAACAGGCUUUUGUGUUUUCCACUGCUUCUACCUGGAAGAGGCUGCAGAAUGACUCACAAUUAAAAGAGCUGAUCUCAGUGCAUGUUUUUAAAUACAAAAUUAAAAAAAGACUUGGAGGCAGAUUUGUUAGGAUGUUGAUGCCUGCUGCGACAUAUGUUAUGCUCCUGUUUAAUUGGAAACUCCUCUUUGUGAUGCUUGCUCUUUGUGUUUGUUAUUUAUUACUGUCUUAUUGUCUGGAGCUCAUUGUUUUGAUCUGUGCUGUUGCCUGUCUUGGCCAGGUCACCCUUGCAAAAUAGGUUUUUUUUU